GAAACCGCUCAAUUUUAAUUUAUUGUUUGUCUUUCUUCAGAAACUCAAACUGAAACAAACCGUCCCCUUCACUCACUCUCUUCUUCUCCGUCUGUUAUUCCAAAGCAGAGUGUUCUGUUAGAUUUAAUUGAAUAAUAUUUCUCCAAAUUGAAGCAUCCGAUUUGCUAAUUUUGAGGACAGAUCGUUAAAUAUGUUCGUCAAGAAGCUUGUGGAGAAGGCUGCCAGUGUUAAGAAGGAAUAUCAUGUGAUGGGCGGUGGAUAUAGGACCCACUGGCAGUGCUGACCUGGCCCGGCAGGAACUGCCCAUGGCGCUCCGUCUCCUGAUUACUAAUCUUUUGUCUACGCUCAGUAGCACCACGCACUACAUACUGGAGGGAACUCGGAAGGUUUAAAAUCAAACGAAGUAGAACCAAGGGUAACAUUCCAUUAUGGAAUACCAUCGGGAGCCAACAUGUUUGCUUAUGAUUCUAUUCAAAAGAUCCUUGCUAUUUCUACCCGUGAUGGAAGGAUCAAAUUAUUUGGAAGAGAUAACACUCAAGUUUUGCUGGAAUGUCGUGAGGCAGUACCAAGCAAGUUUUUACAGUUCAUUCAGAAUAAAGGCAUCCUUAUAAAUGUGACUUCCAAGAAUCACAUCGAGGUAUGGGAUGUGGACAAGAAGUUGUUGUCUCAUAUGCAUGUUUUUAAACAAGAGAUAACUUCAUUUACAGUAAUACAACACUGUCUCUACAUAUAUGUUGGAGAUUCUAUUGGAAAUGUGUCUGUGUUAAAGCUUGAUCAAGAAACAUGUUAUUUAGAACAGAUGAAAUACACUAUUCCUUUUUCUGUUUCUCAUGCUGAAGUUUCAGCUGAUGCCGCUGUUUUGCACAUACUGCCUCAACCAACGGCUGACAGUAAGAGGGUUCUUAUAGUAUUCAGAGAUGGCCUAAUUGCGUUGUGGGAAAUUCGAGAAAGCAGAUUCAUUUUCACAACAGGAGGAAGCUUGCAGCAUUUACAAACUAAUGAAACAAAAAUAAUAACUUCGGCGUGUUGGGCUUGCCCUUAUGGAAGUAAAGUUGCUGUAGGUUAUAGUAACGGGGAGAUUUUUAUCUGGAGCAUUCCUUCCGGUCCAAAUUCACAAGCUGAAGUAGCAUCAGACUCUGGCACUCAGACUUCUCCUAUUUACAAACUCAAUCUGGGAUAUAAAAUGGACAAAAUUCCCAUAUUAUCACUAAAAUGGAUUCAUGAUGGGAAAGCAAGUCGGCUUUAUGUCAUGGGUGCCUCAGAUACUGCAUCUACCAACUUGUUGCAGAUAAUCUUACUAAAUGAGCAGACUGAAACGCGCACAAUCAAGUUAGGGCUGCAUUUGUCUGAACCUUGCAUUGACAUGGAGAUUGUAUCAUGUUCCUUUGAUCCAAGCAAGCAUAAACUGGAUUGUUUUCUUUUGCUUGGAAAAUCAGGGCAUGUUUAUGUCUAUGAUGAUUCUCAGAUCGAAAAAUAUCUUCUACAGUACCAAGCAAGGGGAACACCUUCAUUGCCAAAGGAGGUCAUGGUUAAAAUGCCACAUGCUGAUUCAAGCAUCACUAUAGCAAAAUUCAUCAAGGAUAAUCUUUACAUGUUAAGUUUUGGAGAUGAGGAUUAUCUUCAAUUUUCCAAAAACAUUCCUUCACUCUUUCCUUUUGACGCAAAGGCUAAAGAGGGAACUCACAUGAUUUGUGUACCCUUCUGUGGGUUUUCCAAGAUAAAGAACUUGUACAUAACUGGCCACAGCGAUGGAGCCAUUAAUUUCUGGGAUGCAUCUUGUCCAAUUUUUAUCCCAGUUUUACCAUUAAAGCAGCAGAGUGAAGAUGACUAUGCUUUAAGUGGUGUACCAGUAACAGAAUUGUAUUUUGAUGGAAAUAUGCGGCUUCUUAUCACAGGGGAUCAAAGCGGAACGGUUCGUAUCUUUAAAUUUAAACCCGAGCCAUAUGCGACAGAGAAUAGCUUUUUGUCUUUUCAAGGAAGUUCGAAAAGAGGAAAUAACCAUAUCAUCCAGAAUGUCAAACUUAUGAAGGUGAACGGUUCCGUACUUUCCAUGAAUAUAAGCCAUAACUCGGGACAUCUUGCCGUUGGAACUGAUCAAGGACAUGUUUCACUAAUUGAUAUGAAUGGACCAACAUUACUUUAUCAACAAUACAUUGCAAGUGAACUUUCUACUGGCAUCAUCUCUCUGCAGUUUGAAACCUGCAAUCUGCAUGGUUUUGAGAAAAAUGUUUUAGUGGUUGCAACAAAGGAUUCAUCAGUUUUGGCUAUUGAUGUCGAUACAGGAAACUUGUUGAGCACUAACUCAGUGCAUCCCAAGAAACCAUCUAAAGCUUUAUUCAUGCAGAUAUUAGAUGGGCAGGAAACGUUAGGAGGAUCAAAUGGUGUAGAUCCCAGCAAACAGAAUCCUGCUGAGAAUUCUUCAAAACAUUCUUCUUUACUGAUAUGUUCUGAGAAAGCGGCGUAUGUCUAUUCAUUAGAUCAUGCUGUUCAGGGAGUCAAGAAGGUUAACUACAAAAAGAAGUUUCAUUCCUCUUCUUGUUGCUGGGCCUCAAUACUGUGUGGUUCCUCUGAUAUUGGCCUUAUGCUUGUUUUUACCAAUGGAAAAGUUGAAAUAAGGUCUUUGCCGGAGUUAUCAUUGAUAAAGGAAUUCGUAAUAAGAGGCUUCACUUAUUCUGCACCAAAACUUAAUUCCUCAUCAGACAUUUCAAUAUGCGGUUCAUGGGAUGGAGAACUUGUUAUAGUGAAUGGUGAUCAGGAAAUGCUUAUUGUGUCAGUUUUGCUACAAAAAGAACACUUCAGGCUUCUGGACUCUGUCUGCCAAGUCUACACUAAUAAUUUGAUGCCAUCACAAGAAGGGGGCACUAUGGUCCAAAAGGAAAAGAAAAAGGGUAUUUUUAGCUCUGUGAUGAAGGAUUUAAAAGGAAGUAAACCGAAGCAAGUUUCUGAGGUGGAAAUAGAAGAUACCAGAGAAAGUUUUGAAGAACUGCCAGUAAUCUUUGCAACAGCCAACUUUGCAUGCGAUAAUGAAGAUAGCAAUCACAUGGCAGCGGAUGCAGAUGGUAUUGACUUGGACAUAGAUGAUAUUGACCUUGGGGAUGCUGAAGAGAAACCCAAAGAUAACAAUAUCUUGGCAGGUCUUAAUAAGCAGAAAUUGGCAAGCAAAUUUCAGGCUUUUACAGGUAAAAUAAAAGGAAUGAAGGGUAAGAAUGAGAAAAUCAUCAAGAAGGAAGAACAACUGGAUGAGAAGGCUGGUGCAGUUGAUCAAAUUAAGAAGAAAUAUGGAUUUUCCUCAGCCACUGAAACAAGUGCAGCAAAAUUGGCGGAAAGCAAGUUGCACGAGAAUGUCAAAAAGUUGCAGGGGAUCAAUCUAAGAACUACAGAAAUGCAAGAUACAGCCAAGUCAUUUUCUGCCAUGGCAAGAGAGCUGCUAAAAACUGCAGAGAAGGAUAAAGGAACUUCAUAAACCUGUAUAAUAUAUAUAGACCAUGUUCAUAACACUUAAAAAAAAUUCAUUGUUUAAUUCUUUCCCUUGAUUUGUGAUUACAUUAACAGUUAUCUAUAAGGGAGGCUUAUAUGCAUUUUUCAUAUUGAUGAAAACGGAAAAAAUGUACGAUCAUGUAUAUAUAUUUUACUUUUUGAAGAUAUUCAUUCUGGCAUCAUGUAUUAUUGAUUUUUACUUCAAUGGUUUCUCUAAA